AUGGGCAGGAACCAUCACAACCAUCUUCGACUUCCUGAGCAUCUCUACCUCUCGCCUCCUCCACCCCCAACUCCGCCGUUCUCUUUCACCUCUGCUUCCCUCCUUGCUGUCAAGGCCGCAGUCCUUUUCUCCCCGUCCGCGAAUCUUUUCUGGGAGACUGGUGGCUCCAAACCCUUUGCUGUCGGCGAUCGCAUUCCGGGUUUCAAAACUUCUGCCGCUUUCUUGACUACCCUCAGAGCGAACCUCAUCCUCGACCUCGAAUCUACCCCACCCUCUUUAGCCAACACACCCGACAUCCUCAGACCGACCGACAUGGCUUCGUCCAGCGGCCUCCCUCCUCCUUCUCCUUCACCUCUGGUGCAAAGCGCCCAGACUGUCGGUGAAGCCUCUGCCCUCGCGGAGACGCAAGCAGGACCCCUCGACGGGGUCCCAGAGCUCACGACUAAACCCGCUGUGACGGAAGACGAUAAAGUUGAAGCACUGCACUUGAUUGCCGACUCUGUUGCGCAACAACGCCAACUUGCCUCCGCGGCCGUUAUUUUCCAUCCUUUGACUAUCUCAGUCCUUGUCCUUUUUCUCGGCCUUGCCUAUCAAAAUCUAUACAAAGGGGCCUAUUCGGAUUGGGCAAUUAUUGGCACGACGUCAGCGGGAAUUCUCAUGGCUGUGCUGAUCACCGUGCGCUGGCUGACAAGCGGCUAUAUUUUCGAGGCCGAGCGCGUAGGCACCUGGAAGUGGCUGAACGAAGGCCGUGACAAUUCAGACAAAGGCAUCGUGGGUUCUGAAGACGAAAUCCUCCUGACUCGAUUUGGGGAUGAUAUCAUUGGAACAAUCGUCGUUCGCGGCGUGCGGGAUUCUUCUGGCUCUUCGGGCAAGUCACGCAAAAAUGUGCCGACCAAUGGAUACAUACGGGCAUGGACAGUCAAGCGGAUAUAUAGACACAAAGGGGUAGGACAGGGCUUGCUCGAAGAAGCAGUUGCGCUGUGUCAGCAAAAAGGAUGGAGCGGCCCAGAAUUUGCAGAGGACCAUGCCAACUCGGCGAAUGUGCUCCAUCCGACUUUUUCGGGCGGUUUCAGAAAGAAAGAACGACAAGCAAGGGAGAUGCUGGAGAGGGUGAUUGAGGAGAGCAGAUCGAAUGCCAGCGGCAAGAAGGGCAAGAGAUGA